CUCCCCCCCGCCUCCCGGCGCUCCCCUCCCCGCGGGUUUGUGGCGCUGCGCCGGGGGAGGAUGAACGGAGGAUAAAUGGUGCCCAAAGCGGACAGCGGCACCUUCCUCCUCCUCUUCCUCCUCGUGCUGAGCAUCACCGAGCCGCUGCGGCCAGGUCCACGACUAGCUUUGGCAAGACUUCUUUCAGAGCUUCGCUGCAUCCCAGGGCAGUUUGCUUGUCGGAGUGGUACCAUCCAGUGCAUCCCUUCAAACUGGCAGUGUGAUGGAUGGCCCACCUGUGAGGACGAGAGUGAUGAAGUGGAUUGCCCAGGCUUGACAGGGGACCAGCGAACGUACCACGGGAAGGAGAAUGUCGACUCCAGGCACAAUCGAGGAAGAGGAGGAGAGACGACCCGCUUUCACACCGUCAACGUGGCGCAGCCCGUCCGAUUUAGCAGUUUCCUAGGAAAGUGCCCAACAGGCUGGCACCACUACGAGGGCACCGCCAGCUGCUAUAGAGUCUAUUUAAAUGGGGAGAACUACUGGGACGCAGUGCAGACAUGUCAGCGGGUGAACGGAUCCCUUGCCACCUUCACUGCAGACCAGGAGCUCAGGUUUAUCCUGGCACAGGAGUGGGACUUGGAAGAAAAAGCAUUUGGAAGGAAGGACCAGCGUAGGUUCUGGGUUGGAUAUCAAUAUGUCAUCACCAAUCGAAAUCACUCGUUAGAAGGGCACUGGGAAGUGGCUUAUAAAGGCUCUUCAGAAGUAUUUCUGCCCCCUGACCCUAUCUUUGGUACGGCUAUGUCUGAAAAUGAAAACGUUCUUUGUGCCCAGCUUCAGUGUUUCCAUUUUCCUACCCUUCGGCAUCAUGGUUUACACAGCUGGUAUGCUGAGAACUGCUAUGAGAAAUCCUCAUUCCUCUGCAAAAGAAGCCAGACCUGCGUUGAUAUCAAAGACAACAUUGUUGAUGAAGGCUACUAUUUCACUCCGAAAGGGGACGACCCCUGCUUGAGCUGCACGUGUCACAACGGGGAACCCGAGAUGUGUGUGGCCGCUUUGUGUGAGCGGCCCCAGGGCUGUCAGCAGUAUCGCAAAGACCCAAAGGAGUGCUGCAAAUUUACGUGCUUAGACCCAGAUGGCAACAGUUUGUUUGACUCGAUGGCCAGUGGAAUGCGCCUGAUAGUGAGCUGCAUUUCCUCCUUUCUCAUCCUCUCUCUGCUGCUCUUCAUGGUCCACCGGCUGCGCCAGAGGCGGAGGGAGCGCAUAGAGUCCUUGAUAGGAGCAAAUUUGCACCAUUUUAACUUGGGCCGCAGGAUGCCUGGCUUUGAUUAUGGUCCAGAUGGUUUUGGAACCGGCCUUACUCCGCUGCACCUUUCAGAUGACGGCGAAGGCGGGGCGUUCCAUUUCCACGAUCCGCCUCCGCCUUACACCGCGUACAAGUAUCCAGAUAUUCAGCAUCCAGAUGACCCGCCACCUCCUUAUGAGGCUUCUGUCAAUCCAGACAGUAUCAUUUGUUCUACUCCAGAUGGAGUUCUUCCUCAGACAGUGCAGAGCAAUCCUCCAUCCCUAGGAAACUGUGAUGUAUCCCCACAGCUCACAGAGGAAUCGCUUCCUCCCUCAGUUGGUCCUUCUCCAGUAGAGCUGGAAGACUCUGCUGACAGCAGCACCUUUCUUGUCCCCCCUGAUACUCCUCUAGGUGAAAACACACCGGCAGAAACUCUUACGGGCAGCCGUCACAGCCACUGUUCUCUCAAUACCAUUGUAUAAAGGAAUAAAAAGCUGACUGCUGGUCAGGAAUAGUUUUAGCAACUGUUUGCACAGACAAACACUAAUCCAUGGUUUGAACUUCGGAAGGAAUCUCCACUUUGGUUUUGGACACUGCUUUUAUGUUCUAGUUUAGGAUUGUGCCUCUCGUUUUUUGGCUGUCGUUAUUCAUUAACUAAUUGAUUUGUCGUGUAAAUAUGGAUUGUAUAAACUGCUCUUUUUUUUCUUUUUUUCUUUUUUUUUCCAUUGGCAAUGGGAAAGAGAGCAGAGAAUUCCUUUGACUUCUAAGGAGAGGAAGAAUAUGGGUAGUUUUUUCCUAACCUGAGAGGAAACAAAAAUCUACAUCAGAAAGGAGCUGCUUGGAUUUGGCUGGAUACCACUGGACCCAGGGAACAGACAACGGAAAAGGAGGGUGGGGACAGUCACUGUUUAAUCAUUUGCUUUCUCUCUUGCUUGCGUGCUACACUUGGGAAAAGCUGAACCACGAGGGAAGAGGCUGGUGCCUGUGUUGUGAAUGGGGAACACUGAGAGCUCAAGCACGUGCCACCAAAUAAGAGCUGCAGAGGGUAGAAGAGCUGUGGGUGUUGAGUGGUCCCGCUGCCUCAGAGCACCCCAGGGACUGGAGGAUAAGUGAUGCACGCACUGCGUGAGUUUGUCUUCUCGUGGAAGCGGGUGCUAAGAAAACCAGGAUUUGCAGUUAUCUGUUAUUGGUUGCUACAAAAUCUUGUAUUGUCAGGUGAACUUCUGGCCCCAUAAAGAAAAGUGAGGCUGUGUAAUGUGUAUGUCCCUUCAGUAGGAUGCUCAUAUGUGUUGGGUAGUGUUGUAGGGAAGAGACAGACAGGACUGUGUUAGCUUUCCAGCUGACACAAUCCAGCUUCACUGUAGUAAGCCCCUGCUUGUUAAAAUCCCAUUGGGAAGAUAGAGGGGUUUUUCUUUAUGGUUUAAGUCCUUUACAGUGAACAGUUGCCCAAGACUGGCCUGGAUAAAGAGACCAUUUCCUUGCUUUACUUAGUGCAUGCUAUUUUUAGCAUGCCUGUUCCUUCCUCUCCAUUUCACUUCUUUACAGUUCUUGCACAUGACGUUUAAAACCAGCGAUGAACGUGUGCUAUUCAUAAUGGUCAAUUCUGAUUGGACUCAGGUUCCGUAUUCUAAUGUCAUAAAUUGUCAACCCUAUUCUAGAAAUUCUUCCCAGUCCCUUCUUCUCUUCCUCCUGCUGAACAAACAUUUAUCCAGGCCCAAUGAUGGGUUAGAAUGAGGUCAGUACACUUAAAUCAGUGAAGUGGUUUCUUUCACUGUGAUUGCCAUCUUAAAUUUUCCCCUCAAAUUGAGCUCUUUGAACUAGCCACGUUAAUUUAUAUAUAACAAAAUGAGUUUCAUUUACUCCCUUAGUAAACCCACAGUCAAGCACUGUUGGCUUUGCUAAUGACUGCAGAGUAAUCUUUACAAGUGAUGUUAAUUUUAAGUGGGAUUAGAGAAUACAAAUAUUGCCCUCCCCCUGCUCCCUCCCGUCCUCCUCUUGCCUCUGGCUUUCCCUGACUUACUGUAGCAGUCAGCAGAUGAGAUAAAAUAUAAGGAUUAAAAGGAAUUUGUAAAGAGUGCCCCUUGUGAGUGUUCUCCUAUUACCUUAUGAAAGGUACACAGGCCUAGAGGGACAGGAAGAAAACACAGCAAGGGGGUGUGUAUGUGAAUUAUUUUUCUAGUACUGAUGAGAAAUCAUACUUGUAUGACAAGUCCUAACCCACUUUUGUGGUUUCCCAGUGCAGCUGACUUGUUUUCCCCGUCGAAUAUGCUGCUACUUUCUAUCCUGUGUCUCGCCUAUAGGCUUGUGCUGUACGUGGGGAUCGGUCUUGACAGUUCAACUCCUUUUGCUCAGAAAACUGUGACUUUGGUUAUUGAGCUCCUAUCCAGUGUCUUGGCACUCAGACACGUGCCAGCAGUCCUGAAGCCGCGGGCGAGUGUGGAUCCCAGUUUGGGGGCUCUUC